CAAUGGGAUUAUGCGUGUUGGCUCUGUAUCUGAUAGUGCUUGCUAGCAUUGCCAAUGCUGGUAGGCUGCAGAUCCAAGGAACUCAUUUUGUCAAAGAUGGGAAACGAGUCUUCCUGUCAGGAGGAAAUCAGGCUUGGAUCGCAUACGGAUACGACUUUGGGGACAACAAUUACGAAUAUCGUAAGACGGAGUUUGAAAAAUAUCUGAAAUUGGUUAGUGACAAUGGUGGAAAUUCAAUUCGUGUUUGGAUCCAUAUUGAGGGUGUCAUAAGUCCACAUUUCGACAACAAUGGAUAUGUCACUGGUCUGGACCAAAAAGGAACCUUCGUUGCGGAGUUCAAGGAAUAUCUCGCUAGGGCGCAGCACUACAACAUUUUAAUAUUUCCAUGUCUGUGGAAUGGAGCUUUAAAACAACAACAUCAGCAUUUAGAUGGUUUGAUUAAGGACACAGCAAAACUUCAAUCCUACAUUGAUAAAGCUUUAAUUCCAUGGGUUAAAACUGUACGAGAUGAACCAGCUUUGGGUGGAUGGGAUAUCAUGAACGAGUUCGAAGGGGAGAUAAUACCAGGUACCCACAAUAGUGAACCGUGCUUCGACACCACCUUCUUGCAGAAUUCUGGAGCCGGGUGGGCAGGCGCUACUUACUCCGCCCAGGAACUACUUAGGUUUGUUAACUGGCAGGCUGAUGCCAUCAGGAGAACAGAUCCCGGAGCUCUUGUGACUGCCGGCUCGUGGAAUGCAAGAGACAAUACUGAUAGACUCAAUACGCACAAUCUCUACAGCGACCAUUGUCUCCGCAAGGCUGGUGGCAAACAGCAGGGCGUUUUGAACUUUUUCUCGUCUCACAGUUACGCUUGGCAAGGCAAAUACGACGAAUUCUCACCUUUCAAACAUAAAGCCUCCGAUUAUGGUUUUUCAAAACCUUUUGUGAUCGCAGAGUUUAACCAAGUCAGUGGUGCAGGAAUGGAUAUCACUGAACAGUUCCAGUGGGCCUAUGAUAAUGGUUAUUCGGGUGCAUGGACCUGGCAUUUACAUGCCGAUGGAUCAAACACAGAUUCGACAGCAAAUCAACUGCGAGGUAUGAAAUACAUGAAGAAUAAAAAUGACCAAAGCAAAGGCGGGCUUGUCGCUUUCACGAUAUGA